AUGAAGUCACCAAGGAUGAGAGUCUCUGCUAAGUCAGUGUUACUGUCACACUGGCUCUUUCUGGCCUAUGUGUUAAUGGUGUGCUGUAAGCUGAUGUCCGCCUCGAGCCAGCACCUCCGGGGACACGCAGGUCACCACCAAAUCAAGCAAGGGACCUGUGAGGUGGUCGCUGUGCACAGGUGCUGUAAUAAGAACCGCAUAGAAGAGCGAUCGCAAACAGUCAAGUGUUCCUGCUUCCCAGGACAGGUUGCUGGCACAACUCGGGCCCAGCCUUCUUGCGUUGAAGCUUCCAUCGUGAUUCAGAAGUGGUGGUGCCACAUGAAUCCUUGCUUGGAAGGAGAGGAUUGUAAAGUGCUGCCAGAUUACUCAGGUUGGUCCUGUAGCAGUGGCAAUAAAGUCAAAACUACAAAGCAGUGGACCUUCAUGGAGUCCCUUGUUGGUGGACGAAAGAGAUCUAAAAACCUGAAGCUGCCCUGCAAGGUUGUAGACUUAGCCUGUGACUCUGCAAAGGCAGCAGCAACCUAG